AUGUUUCAUCCAGUCCUGUCAGAAUUCGAUAUCGUUUUUGCUGGAGGCGGUACUACAGCCUGUGUUGUCGCGGGUCGCUUAGCUGCAUAUGAUCCCUCGUUGAGAAUCUUGAUUCUGGAAGCGGGUCAACACAGCCUCAAUAAACCUAUUCAUGUGCAACCCUUCCGAUCUCGCUUCAACCAUGCACCCACGAGCACCACAGUCACAUUCAACAUCGGAAAUCCAUCUCCUCGUCUCAACGACCGUGUACCAAUCGUUCCCUGCGGUCGUUGCGUCGGUGGAGGCUCAUGUGUGAAUUCUAUGAUAUACACUCGUGCACCAGCUUCAGACUAUGAUGAUUGGGGAGUCAAAGGUUGGGAAUCUGAGAAUUUGAUUCCCCUCAUGAAGAAGCUGGAGACAUAUGAGGUGCAGCCAGAUCGUCCAACUCACGGUUAUGACGGACCUAUCAAAGUGUCCUCUGGUGGUUGUAAAGUGGGUAUCUCCGACGAGUUCAUCCAGGUUGGCACGACCUAUCACAAGAGGCAGUAUGCCGAUGACACCGAUGAUUUAGAAACAUGCAAUACAUACAGUCCCAUGCAGAAAAGGUACAUUGACGGGACAACGGGAAGGCGUUCAGACACCGCUCACCACUAUGUCUACAACCAAGCUCACAACCCGAAUUUACACGUCUGGGAUGGAAAGCGCGUAAAGUGCAUCAUCUUCGAAGGCAAGCGUGCUGUAGGUGUUGAGUUUAUCAACGACCCAGUGUCCUGCCCAGACGCGGAUCAGUCGUCGAGUAUUGCGAGAGCAUCAAAACUUGUUAUUAUUUCUGCUGGAGCGUUCGGUUCCCCGGCCAUUUUGGAGAGGUCUGGGAUUGGUGCCGAGGCAAUCCUCAAGCGGUGCGGUAUUGAGCAAGUGGUGAAUUUGCCUGGCGUCGGAGAAAAUUAUCAAGAUCACAAUCUUGUCUUCGUUCCAUACUUGGCUGCUGACGAGGCUGUUACAAUGGACCCCCUCUGGCGUGGGGAGAGUAUUCUACAGGGUAAGCAUAUUCUCACCACGAUUGCAGCACUUUACAACUACCCAAAUGUAGAAAGUCUUGCGCUAUGGAACAGCAGCGGCAAGUCAUUGAUUGCACAAAAUGGCCUCGAUUCAAAAAUCAAGUGGCGUCCUGAUGACGAAGAAUUAAAAGCCAUGGAUCCAGCUUUUCAACCACGCUGGAAGGAGUUCUUCCAGGACCGCCUAGACAAGGCUGUUGCAAUAUUUGCUAUUUUUUCAGGAUAUGUUCAACCGCUCUCGAGGCCGCUCUCGAGUAUCCUUCCUCCUCGCAACUACAUGAGUGCCGCUUAUUAUACACUCUACCCCGCGUCUGUUGGAAGUGUUCAUAUCAACGUGACAGAGAACGGCAAAGAAGGAAUGGACUUUACAACUGGUUUCCUAGAUGAUCCAUCCGAUAUUGUUCCUCUUAACUUCGCGUACAAAAAGACACGCGAAAUUUUUCGACGCAUGGCUUCCUACCGAGGUGAAGUCACUACCGGUCAUCCUGAUUUCCCAGAGGGAAGCGCUGCAGGUUGCAGAGAAGCCUCCGGGCCAGUGGACUUGAAUGCGCCUGACAUCUUCUACACUACCGAAGAUGACGAGGCGAUCGAUCGAUUCCACCGCGACAUCGUACAAACGACAUAUCACUCGCUUGGGACCUGUGCCAUGAAAUCGGAGGCAGAUCAAGGAGUAGUUGACGCUCGGCUAAAUGUAUACGGCGUGUCGAACCUGAAAGUUGCAGACAUGUCUAUCUCGCCAUUGAACGUUGGCACGAACACGUAUUCGACGGCACUUCUCAUCGGAGAGCGGGCUGCGAUGAUCAUUGCUGAAGACUUGGGUAUCAGUUGCAUUUGA